AUUGAUCCCACAGCGUCAUACAGACUUGUCAGAAAUCUAUUUCUAUAACUCGUUGCGCGGAUAUUUUUUGUGCUGUUGAGGUGCACAGUGCGCAUCUCUGUCAGCCCGUGUAGUCGCCCAACUAUCUUUGAUAUCCGCUUAAAGGAUUGAAGGUAUAUAGCGUUCGAACUGUAUAGAGAUGGGCAUCUUUGACCGCCUGGUGCUGUGUCGACAUAGACGCUAUAACUGAAAUGGUGGGGAUGUUGCCUAAUUUAGGUUGUUCGCUCAAUAAGCAUGAGUAUGCUGAGAAAUGCGAAGUCUACAUGAGAGGUAAAUAUAUACGAGACAGCGGUAGGGGGCACAGGCAUCCCAUUCCACUUCCUUCACUCGUGAAAGCUCCUUUCAGCACAUCAUGAUCGUGCUUGUCAUCGGUGCCACAGGUUUCAUCGGGUGGCCUGCCACUCAAGCCUUGAGCCGAGCUGGGCAUAUCGUGUACGGCCUUGUUCGUCAGGAAUCGCAAGCGCAAAAGCUGCGGGCCUCAGAGAUUAUCCCCAUCAUUGGGGAUGCAAGUGAUCCGUCCACCUGGGUGUCCAUCGUUCGCUCUAUGGACGUCGUCAUUGACUGUACCGGCGGAGCCCAGGUUAACAAGCUAUCGGCAUCCCUGCUCGACGCUAUUACCACCGCUGCAAAAGACCUCCGCCCAUCCUCUAUCCCGAAGCUCACGUACAUCUACACAAGCGGCGCCUGGGUCCACGGUGAGAAUCGCGAGGAGCUCGUCUCUGACACCUCCAUUCUCGGCACACCACCCGCUCUCGUCGCCUGGCGUCACGAAUACGAACAGCUCGUCACCAAGAGCCAGAUCGUCAACGGAAUCGUUAUUCGUCCUGGAAUUCUGUACGGCUACUCCGGAUCGCUCACCGCUGCCAUCUUUGCGAAGGCGCAGACCGGGAAGAUAGAGUGGUUCGGAAAACCCGGCGCGCGAACGGGGUUUGUGCAUGCAGACGAUUUGGCAGAUUUAUAUGUGCGGGUGACGGAGAAGGCAUUGUUUGUUGGAGGUUCGAUCUUCGAUGCUGCGAAUGAUCAGACGGAAGGGAUGGAUGAUAUCUUCGAGAGGGUGUUCGCGGUGGUUGGGGUGAAAGGCUCGGUCACUUACGUCGAGCCCUCUAAUAUAUUCGAGGCUGCCAUGUCUACUUCGCUGCUCAUGCGCCCAUAUCUGGCGAAAGCCUUGCUUGGCUGGCAGCCGAAAAAGCUGGGUUUUGGGGACGGAUUGAAACUGUACUAUGACGCGUGGAAGAGUUUCCAGUAG